AUGCCUCCAGCACCCCAAAGUGGACAGCUUCCGGUUCCAGGAGCGGCGAACAUGAUGCCGCCAGCACCCAGGAGUGGACAGCUUCCGGCGCCGCACGUCUACGGGUUACCUCCUGGUCCACCCCCACCUGGUCCUCAGCCACCGGGCCCCAUCCCCUUUGUCGCCUCUGGUCCAACCCACAGCACCACCGUUAUCCCCCCGCAACAGCCAUAUGCCCAGCCCUAUAACCCAGGAGCCUAUCAGCAAGCGCAACAGCAGCCCCACCCCGCGCCAUUCAUACCCCCACCGCAAAGCUUCAACCCGGAUCCGAUGUGGGGCCCGGCGCCUGCAUCUGGUUACUACCCGGGCUUAGGCAUGCCGCUCAACCCGCUGGGGCUCAUGGCUGCAGGGAACAUCUUCGGCGGAGGUCAGAGCUGGGGCCAGCAGUAUGUGGAGCGCAUGCAGCAGCGGGUGGGGUACUUCACAGGGGGAGCGCUCCACUUCCAUUUUGCAAUCAGCAAGCAGUACGUACUUUCAAAGCUGCUGAUGCUCAUCGCGCCCUACCUACGCCGCUGGACCUACACACGCCAGCCAGAGCAGAUGCAAGGCGGAUCAGCCUUCAAGCCCCCUCGCGAGGACACCAACUGCCCGGACCUGUACAUCCCGUUGAUGGGGCUGUGGACUUACACUCUGAUGUGCUGCGGAGUGCAGGCGACGCGAGGGAAGUUCAAGCCUGACAACGUGUACCCACUGGCUUGGAGCGCUAGUGUAGCGUGGCUGAUGCACCUGCUGCUGGCCAAGGCAGUGCUGAGGGCCAUGGCCCUGCCCGCCUCCGUGCCCUGGGUGGAGCUGGCGGCGUAUACGGGCUACUCGUUCGUGCCGGUGUGUCUGUCCAUUGCGGUGGGCCAGCUGGGCGGCCGGUGGGCCUACUGGGGGGCGUGGGCGUACGGCAGCUUAUGCAUGGCCAUCUUCCUGGUGCGGACCAUGAAGCGGGUCAUCUUUCAGGAGACCCGAGGAUACGGACGAGACCUGACACUCGUAAACUAUCUGUUGCUCGGGCUGGCGCUGUUCCAGUUCCCGUACGCUUUCUAUCUGGGUGUACGGCCCUGAGGAGCGCUGGGAGGCACACCUCUCAUGAGGAAGGCGCUGUGUGCCCCUAUCGAGUCACGUGACAGGCUGACACCCAAUGUGGUUCCCGACGAGUGUGUUUGUGAUACCUUUGGCGGGAAUGGGAGUGGAAUUGAUUGCACGUGGUGAUGGACCUAACCGCGGCGAGACAGAGAGGUAAUGUUGGCUCCCGUCGCGCCCCUUGAGAGCAAGCAGUGUGAGGUAUCC